AUGGAAUCGCCUUUUAGCCUGGAACAUCCCCUUUCUCACAAGCCAGAGGAAGAUUGGGAUUCUACACUAUUUGCUGAACUUAAUUAUCUUAUGGACACUGAUGAAUUACAGUUGGAUGCAGCAAAUGAAACUUAUGAAAAUAAUUUUGAUAAUCUUGAUUUUGAUCUGGAUUUGAUGCCCUGGGACUCAGACAUUUUGGACUUCAACAAUCAGUAUUUUUCAUUUAAAGAUAUUAAGGUGGAACCUCAACCACUUUCUCCAGCCUCAUCAAGCUGUUCAGUCUCAUCUCCUCAGUCAGUGGACUCAUGCUCUUCAACUCAGCAUGUUCCUGAGGAGUUGGAUUUGUCUUCCAGUUCCCAGAUGUCUCCCCUUUCCUUAUACAGUGAAAGCUCUACAAGCCCGUCCUCAGCAGAGCGGUUGAAGGAAGAUAAGCCCUUCAUCAGUCCUAGGAACAAAACUGAAAAUGGACUUACUCAGAAGAAAAAAAUUCAGAUAAAUUCAAAACCUUCAAUUCAGCCCAAGCCUUUAUUGCUUCCAGCAACACCCAAGACUCAAACCAACUCCAGUGUUCCAGCAAAAGCCAUCAUUAUUCAGGCGCUACCAACACUUAUGCCACUGGCAAAACAGCAGCCAAUCAUCAGUAUACAACCUGCACCCACUAAAGGUCAGACUGUUCUUCUCUCUCAGCCUAUGGUACAGCUUCAGGCACCUGGAGUUCUGCCUUCUCCUCAGCCAGUCCUGGCUGUUGCUGGGGGAGCCACACAGCUACCUAAUCACGUGGUGAAUGUGGUCCCAGCAGCUCCUGUCUCAAACACCCCAGUGAAUGGAAAACUUCCAGUGACUAAACCUGUCCUUCAGAGUACUAUGAGAAGUGUGGGUUCUGAUAUUGCUGUGCUAAGGAGACAACAACGUAUGAUUAAAAAUCGAGAGUCUGCAUGUCAGUCCCGCAAGAAGAAGAAAGAAUAUAUGUUAGGGUUGGAGGCAAAACUAAAGGCAGCACUUUCAGAGAAUGAGAAACUGAAGAAAGAGAAUGGGUCACUGAAGAGGCAGCUGGAUGAAGUUGUAUUAGAGAAUCAGAGGCUUAAAGUCCCCAAUACAAAGCAAAGAGCUAUCUGUGUGAUGAUAGUUUUGGCAUUUAUAGUCCUGAACUACGGACCAAUGAGCAUUUUGGAGCUAGAUUCUAGGAGAGUGAAACCUGUGAACCCUGCAAAUCAAAGGCGGCAUCUUCUAGGAUUUUCUGCUAAAGAGCCACAAGACAUACCAGAGGGCAUCAUCCAGGAAGAUAGCUACAGAUAUGACCAUUCUGUUUCAAAUGACAAAGCCCUGAUGGUGCUAACUGAAGAACCAUUACUGUACAUUCCGCCACCUCCUUGUCAACCCCUGAUUAACACCACAGAAUCUCUCAGGUUAAAUCAUGAACUUCGAGGAUGGGUUCACAGACAUGAAGUAGAAAGGACGAAGUCGAGAAGAAUGACAAAUAAUCAACAGAAAACUCGUAUUCUUCAGGGUGCUUUGGAACAGGGUUCAAAUUCUCAGCUGAUGGCUGUACAAUAUACAGAAACUACCAGUAUCAGGAACUCAGGAAGUGAACUACAAGUGUAUUAUGCUUCACCCAGAAGUUAUCAAAACUUCUUUGAAGCCAUCCGCAGAAGGGGAGACACUUUUUAUGUUGUGUCAUUUCGGAGGGAUCAUUUACUGUUACCAGCUACCACUCAUAAUAAGACGACGAGACCAAAGAUGUCUAUUGUAUUGCCAGCAAUAAACAUAAAUGAGAAUGUGAUCAAUGGGCAGGAUUACGAAGUGAUGAUGCAGAUUGACUGUCAGGUGAUGGAUACCAGGAUCCUCCACAUUAAAAGUUCGUCGGUUCCGCCUUACCUCCGAGAUCAGCAAAGGAAUCAAACCAACACCUUCUUUGGUUCCCCUCCAGUGGCCACAGAGGCAACCCAUGCAGUCAGCACCAUCCCUGAGUCUUUACAAUAG